AUGGCGAAGGUGCUUCACAAACUCUCCUCCAAGUUGAACUUCCCCCCUUCGACGAUUCUCAAGACGGCGAUCAACUACUGGCCGCCAUUGCUUGGGGCUGGAGUUCGAGUCGUCAAACUGAGCAAAGAUUUUCGCUACGCCAAGAUCGCCAUGCCGUUGCGAUGGUACAAUCGCAACUAUGUGGGAACGCACUUUGGUGGUAGCCUCUAUUCGAUGACUGAUCCCUGGUUCAUGCUGCAGUUGCUCAAUGUUCUGGGCAAGGACUACAUUGUGUGGGACAAGGGAGCGAACAUCGACUACAAGUCUCCAGGCAAGGGUUGCGUGACUGCCGAGUUCGUGCUGAAGGAUGACUUGAUCCAAUCCUUGAGGGAAUUGAAUCCUGAAGAAAAGCGAGUGUUCGACCUUCCCGUGGAAGUAAAAGACAAGGGAGGCAAUGUUGUAGCGGAAGUCACCAAGAAACUCUAUGUGAAGCGAAAAGCCCAGCAACAGCAGCAACCGAUGCCGCGUUCAAAGCUCUGA